GUCGGCUUUGCGCCAAACCCCUACCUUGUACCACCUUCACGGCCUCAAUCUUUUCAGGGCGUUGUAGCAUAUCCUGAGAUAUACGCACAAAUUUGCUGGCCGAGACAGUGAUAGUAGGUGCGAGCAUAGGAGAAAAGCAGGGCUCUACGUGAUAAUUGGCAUCGCAUACUGUGUUGAAUUGAACUAUGUUCGUGACUACCGUGUCCCUUCCUCGCCACUGCGAGCUUAUACAAGUCUCCAUGGUGCUUCCUCAUAGCUGUUAUGAACGCGCCAAACAGAUUUGAGCUCUUUGUCCUCGAAGACGGCGAGAAACCUGUCGAAGUCACAGAAGACACCAAAAUACCCAAUGCAGCCACUUUCAAGAUCGUGAAGCAAGACCACACGUUGGGUAACAUGAUUCGCGCGCAAGUUCUUUCGAUGCCUCAAGUGCUCUUUGCCGGAUACAAAGUACCUCAUCCACUACAUCCCUAUUUCCUGUUGAAAAUUCAGACGGAUGGAUCCAUGACGCCGCAAGCUGUCCUGGAGCAAGCCUGUACGAAACUCAUUGCCACAAUAUCCUCGCUUGAGGCAAAGUUCAAGCGAGAGUUCUCCUUCAAGACGACUGAGGGUAAUGUGCCAGAGGACCCAUAUGGCACGACGGGCGCAAGUGCGCAGAACUGGGGGACAGGGAAGGAUUAUUUGGAUUUUUAGGAUACACAUACCUGUCACGUCGUGGUCGUACAUGUGUAUAUAAUAUCGCCUUUGUUGAGUA